UACACCUAGUGAAACGUUACCUGCGACUCUGCUGUCAUAAAAUGACUGUCCAUAGCGGCUUUGAGAUUCCUCGGUUUGUGGCGCUUCUUGGACAUUUUGCACUUCUUCUCAUUCUCUUGUGGGACGUUGAGGCAGUGGCACGUUCCUCAGUAUCAUGGUCAAAGCGCGAUGACCACCAUCUUCUUGAACUCGCUCAAAAUAGCAUAACCGGUGCUCUUGCUAUGGCCUUAACUCUGGUAACUGUCGAGCUGACAUGUUUUAUGAUCGGAGCAUCUCUGUUUUUUCCCCGGCAAAGUCUCUUCUCGGCUGCGAUUCACACUUUUUCUUUCCUUUGUCUUGGACACUUCAUGGCGGACAGUUUUCACCUAACCUACUACUGGGUGCUGCUGGUGAUUACAGCUGUGCCCUGUUUAAUUGAGAUAGCUAUUCUCUUCGAAGCACUUGUACUUGACAAACCAUUGUAAAAUACAUACUCUAUAUGUAGAAUUCUUACUUAGCAUGUCUUGAUUGUGUUUGCUUUUUCAUCAAAGUAUUUUCGUCUAAAAAUAUGUUUGAACAAAUAACAGAUUAUAGAUUGAUUUCCAUUGGAAUAGUUUUUGGUUAGACCAUAUUGUUUGUAUUAUAUAAUGAUCUUAGGAUAAUCAAAAUUUUCAUAUGGGGGCGCUAGCUAUCAUGUAUUAUUUGACAAUAAACUUAUCAGCGGAAAUUCGGCGCUUCA